AAACAGGUCGUUAUUUAAAUAUGAAUGACAUACCUUUUCCUUUGAGGAGGUUCAGGUGUGGCAACUUACAAUAAUGCAGUCAGAGGUAAAACUGUCACAGGCCCAUCUACAUAUAGCCUACCCAUUCAUGUUUUAAAAACAGUUUCAGACUGAUGCAAUUGCACAAAAGCCACUCAAUGCUAGAGUCUCACUACAGAUUCUCUGAAGGUGGGUGGGCGGACCGGUUUUACCUGAAACAGCUGAGACAGUACGAAAGUGAAAGAAAAUGAAAACGCUCCGGGAAGUAUUUAAUCUUUUCGUCUGUGUAAUAUUAUCAAGAUUCAAUGCGGUAACUUCUAUCAUCUAUGUUGAGAAUGGGAAGAGUGUGACUUUAAAUCCAAAUGUACAAGGAGAUCCUGAAGACAUUUUGUGGACAUUCAAUGGAAACAAGGUGGCUGAACAUGAUUUGAACGAAUUUCAAGAGUAUGGUCAAUUCAGAGGAAGAUCAGAGAUUCAAAUCACUACUGGGCAGCUCACUGUUCUUCGCAUGACCAGCCAGGACAGUGGGAUUUAUUGGUCUGCAAUACAGAUCGAUGGAAAGCUGCAAAAUUCUGAAAAUGAAGUUCAAGUUAUUGAUGCUGUGCAGGAGCCUAAUGUGACCUGUAUACUGAACAAUAUUACAGAAUCAAAAAUACUAUUCUGCUCCGUUUCAUCUCAGUUCCAAACAACAUUUGAAUGGACUGGAUCAAAUUCAAUACAACACUCUGGGCAAGAACUUCAUAUCAGCAAGGAGGAGAAACCUGAUUCAGUCUUUACUUGCACUGUGAAAAAUGAAGUUAGCCUAAAGAGCACCAGUUUUGCUUUGAAAGACUGCCUCACAGAUGAGAAUAUCAAUCUACCAGUUAUUUUAGCCAUCAUUUGUGCUAUUAUCGGGGUGAUCACAAUGGCUGUUGCCUUUUACUUCAUUUGCCAAAGACGAAAUAAGGCUAAAUAUAGCACACAACAAAAUGUGAUAGAAAUGUGUGGAUUCUCAGAGACAGAAGCACAAGGUGAAGAUGUUAACCAGGCUCUCAGAAACGAUCAUGUUUCAGAGGACAAUGCAGAACAGGAUACAAAUGAAGAUGGAGAUGAGUCUGAAAACAAUGAAGAAACAAUGGAUGAAGAUGUUAACCAGGCCCUCAAAAACAAUCAUGUUGCAGAGAACUAUAAAAAACAGGACAUAAAUGAAGAUGGAGCUGAGUCUGAGAAAAAUGAAGAAGAAUAGAUGGAUGAUAAUGAAUCUGGCCAAGACCUUUACGGUUAUGAAGAGAAUAAUCAGGAAAUUAGUAAAGCCCAAGACCUCACUGGACCCUCACAAGACAGGAAUAUCAACAAGUUUAACAAGUUAAAGGGGUCAUAUGAUGCAAUUUCAAGUUUUCCUUUCUCUUUGGAAUGUUACAAGCUGU